AGACUGCAUGUAAAUAAAGUACUUCUUGUGUUUCCAUUUUUUCAGAUAAAGAGGAAGCAGGCAGCACUGUGCUACAGAUCCAGAUCAGUCCACAGAGAACUCAGGAACCCCUGUUCAAAACAUGGAGGGAAAACAGGGAAUCCACAUUUUCCUCGGCGCUCCAAUAUUCCCUAAGGAAAAGGGAACGCCGGGAGCAGGGACUCCCGUGGAGGAAACUUCGGAAAACUGGAACAGCAUUGAGCUUUACUGCCGAGAAGGGAAACUUCACCCCGCCUCUGAGCUGAGAGAGGGAGGAGCCAUUGCAGGGGAUGCAAGGAUCUGCUGGAGCAAAAGAGCCGCUGGCUACGUCUGCAAUCAUUCAGACAGGCUGAGUGUUAACCAAACAAGACCAUCCAGCGAGCCAUCCCGCCAAAAUGAAUCCUGCUCCCCUUCAGAAACGGGGAAGGAAGCAGCGCGGCAAGGAACUGAAGGAACAGGAGCCCUGCGUUCCCAAACGGUUUCCGGGAGAAAGCGUCUGGUCAACCGCAGUCAGGAAUUGCCCGGCGACGCAAUCACAGAAUAUCUGGACAGCUGCUUUCCUGAAGGUGCAGAUCCAGGGACAGCUGAGCAGGAACUGUCCCCGCAGACGGAAUUCCUCAGCGUGUGGGCCGCCAGCCAGGCCGCCAUCUUAAAGGGGCUGCUGGCAUCGGAGUGCGGGGAGAGCCCCGAGGUCCAAAAGGAAGAAACCGUCUCAGGACCAGCCCCAGAGCUGCACACCCCUAUGAGAGUACAGAACUCAACCCCAGGGGUCAUUCCGGGAGCGCCCCAGCCAGGCAGAGCCCCCCCAGAGGAGCCCCACACUGCGGAGGGCUCGGAGGAACUCUUCAGUGCCCCUGGCGAGCUGCUGCCUCGGGGGGAGGGAGGCGUUGUGAUGGAGAUGUGCUCCACAGCGCUGCUCUGCUCUCAAGAAGAACCUCCCCAUCAAGAUGGUGAUCCUACUGAGAAUAGAAGAGAGACUGAGGAGGGGGCCUCCAAACCCACAGCCCCCAGUCCCCCUGCCACUGCCCCUGAAUCCAAGAAAACCAGAACCUCCCUUUCCAACCGAAAGGUAAGGAGGGGCCUGAGGGAAACCAUGGGCUUGCCUGGGAAGCCUGCCCUGCUGAGGAGCUGCGUGGACCAGGCUCAGCGCUACAAGGUCCUGGCCUGUGUGCUGAACCCCUGCCACCUGAAGGAGGUCAGAGUGAGAUCAGGGACGUCCGCCGGCUCUGCUGUUCCCCUGGCAACCAUCGUGGUGACGGACCAGUCAGGGACGGAGAGGAAGGUGGUCCUGUGGCGGGCAGCGGCUUUCUGGGCUCUGACUGUGUACCCCGGGGACCUGGUCGUCAUAACAGAUGUGAGUGUGAAGGAGGACCAGUGGAGAGGGGAGACAGUGCUGCAAUCCACUCCAGCCAGCAAACUACUCAACCUGGGCCAAUUCUUCAACAUCAACCAUGAGCGAGUUCCAGGAUAUGUGGACAGAGUCACCCUGGCGGAGCUGCAGGGGUAUUUGAGGGAGAGGCACCCCCACCUCCUCUCCGUUCCCUCCAGAGCCCCCCAGAGUCCCCACAGCAUCCGGCACACCCGUCUGGGGGUCCUGAGAGCUAACACGUUGGUCCAUGCGCUGCUGCGAGUCACACGCAUCUCCACACUCACCGUGCCAGUGUAUUCCUACAGGGGACAGUCUCUCAGGAAGGUGGUUCUGAGUGUGGAGCAGGGAGAUGGCCAGCGGGGGGCACUGGUGUUGUGGGGAGGUGCUACCGCCUGGCUGCCGCGCAUUCAGAGGAAGAGAGCGCUGGUGUGGGAUUUCCGCUGCCUGCUGGUACGGUGGGGCUCUGUUUCGGGGUUCCUGGAGCUGCACUCCACCCCCUGGGGCUCGUGCGAGCCUCUCUUCCCCGAUGACCCUCGGGCCUUGGAGUUCUGGAGCUGGGCCGAUCCGGAGCGCUGCGAGACAGACCUGCAGACUCUGCUCUCCCUCCGACACUCAGGGGAGGUGGUAGUGAAGGCUCACAUCACUGCUCUGCAGUUCACGGGCGGAACCUCCCACAAUGCCCGGCUGCUGAUGGAUGGAGACACGCCCCUGCAAAGGAUUGUGGGAUUGGUGACUGAUGACAUCACCUUUGUAGGGUGCGGGAGGUGUGGCUCCGAGCUGGGAGUCGACGACAACAGAAUCUACCAACUCUGCUACCCCUGCCUGCCACACACUGGAGUGAAGCGGUAUUACAGGCCAGCAGUGAUGACGGUGACAGACGGGGACAGUGUAAUCUCAGUGGAGGUUCCCCCCGUGCUUGUGGAGCAGAUCUUCUUGAAUAUUCCAGCAGAACAGCUCAACAAGCCAGCAGUCCCCUCCUCUCAGCUCUCCUUCUCUCAGGUGGUGUCGGAGAUGUGCCUCUCUCUCCUCUCUCACCCGGCUGACACCUUCCUCCUGACCCUGAGGAGCAGCUUCCUAUUGGACGAGAACAGCAUCCCCCUCCGACAGCACUUCCUGCUGCUGGACUUCCACCCGGAACUCUGAGCAGAACACCAGGACAUGAGGACAGGCUGUUAUUAAUCUGAUAAGCCACUGCUGGAGUGUAUGGAGCCACUUCAGUACCACAGACAGGUGUUUGAUGCAAUGCGGUUUAUCCUGGGGUGUCAUAUACACACACACACACAUAUAUAAAUAUAUAUAUAUAAAUAUACUGUAUAUAAUUCUGCAAAGCAUUAAAACAAUAUGUGUGGAAACAUAGAAGUAGUUGAUCUGGAGCUGUUUUUGUCCACUAGAUGGGGUUGCAGCUUCAGCAGUACUGUACUGUCAUUAACUUAUGGCUCAUGGCAACAAAAAAACAGAAAGCCAUGUGCUUUUGCCCUUUCUUCAAAAUAACCUUGUAUACAAUAAUCAAGGUAAAAAAUCUGACUCAUUCAGGCAUGUGAAAAUACUACCUUACACCAAGAAAAAUCAAAAUGUAUGUAAAGCAAAAUAUACUUUUAGAGUUAUAUAGGGCUUUCUGUUUAACACACUGAACUGAAGUCCUGAUACAGGUUAACUUCACCAGCUUUUACAUUCACCAAGAAUAGACUCUUACCUGGGUGUUACCUGGAAAAUGAAUUCUGUUAAUUGAUUUUCACCAGUUUUUUUUUUUUUUAAUAAACACUGAAAAUGAAAUGAA